AUGACCUGGACUGGCACAUGGAUGAUGCACGUGGAAGAAGGCCAAGGCCAGCCCAGGCGCCACCCAUCUGUGGUCUCGCCGGCAGGCUGCGGCGGCCUGCAGCUUGGGCCGCGCCGCGACCACGACGACCAAGACGGAGCGCACGGCCGUCGCUCUUGGAAGGACGCCCUCCUGGGGCGUGCGCAUAGUAGGAAGGAGCACAAGACAGGGAGCAGCUCCACGGCCCCGACCAGGCAGAGAAGCAGGACACCUGUGGGCAGGCGCCAGCACAAGGGCGGGCGCCGCGAGCAUCGCUCAAACGGCAGCAACCUGAAGGCCAUGCCGCCGCUCCCGCUGCUUACGGGGCAGGGCAGCACUGACACGGGGAUCGCCGCUCCCCCGCCACCCGCAGGGCCCGCGUCGCCGGUGUUCGCCUUCUUCGCCACGGCGGACUCCGUUCCCCCACCUCCGCCGCCACCCCUCGCCAUCGACACCGGCAACAACCAGCAAGAGAUCGAUCAGGUCAUCGCCGACGCGCUUGCCGCCCCACUGGAGUUCUCCUCCGAGCCCAUCGCGGUAGCCUACCGUGCACCUCCCUCGUCCGCCUCCAGUGUUGUCCACAUUGGCGCUAUGACAUAG